UUGGUAGGUCCCACGUGUGCUGGAGUGCAUGAUGGUGUCAGGUGACAGAAAUUCAGGUCUGCUGAGGUGGUGACUAUCUGAAUGAGCAAGAGAAUUGUAUUCUUCUAAAUUUAACUCCAAGAUAAAUCCCUCCCUCCUUUGUGUUGGUGUAUCAGUACUGUUGUAUCCCGUUUAGGGCAUCAGAUAAUUCUUCAGUGACUGUGUACCUGAGGACGGCCUCAUGGUUUCAUACAGACUGGUGGACAUUGUAUAUGAACCCUGAAAGAGUCGUUGAUUUUAGCAGCAUAAACUCUCUGUUGCUUCUGUGUUACGUUGUGCAGUGAUGGGACUUGAGCCAUCAAUGGCAUCACUGGUGGAAGAGAAGAUAUGCCAGGCAUUAAUUGCAUACACAAAGAGAAGAUUAUUGACACUGGCUUCAUAAAUGCUUGGGCAACAAACCAGCUCUAAGCAUAUAGAAAUACGGUUCUGGGGACAGUAUGCUGUUCAGAUAAAUGAGUGCAUGAAAGAUUGAUCUUCUUAAAUUAUGAAUGAUCUUGCACAUUUUUUUUUUAAAUGCAUGAUAAGUAACUUCACCUUUUCUUUUUAGUUGAUGUCCAUCAGCAUAUUAGGUGUUUCUGCCUGGAUGAGAGAUUACCUGAAUAAUGUUCUCACUUUAACUGCGGAAACGAGGGUGGAGGAGGCUAUCAUUUUGACUUACUUUCCUGUGGUCCACCCGGUCAUGAUUGCAGUCUGCUGUUUCCUCAUCAUAGUUGGAAUGCUGGGCUACUGUGGAACAGUGAAAAGAAAUCUGUUGCUCCUUGUCUGGUACUUUGGAAGCUUGCUUGUAAUAUUCUGCGUUGAACUGGCCUGUGGUGUUUGGACCUAUGAGCAGGAAAUAACGGUUCCAGUGCAGUGGUCUGAUAUGAUCACACUGAAAGCCAGAAUGACCAAUUAUGGCCUACCGAGGUACCAGUGGUUGACUCAUGCUUGGAAUUUCUUCCAGAGGGAGUUUAAAUGUUGUGGGGUGGUGUACUUCACAGACUGGCUGGAAAUGACAGAGAUGGACUGGCCACCUGACUCCUGUUGUGUCAGAGAGUUCCCAGGAUGCUCUAAGCAGGCACAUCAUGAGGAUCUCAGUGACCUUUAUCAGGAGGGAUGCGGUAAAAAAAUGUACACUUUUUUGAGGGGGACAAAGCAAUUGCAAGUGCUGAGAUUUCUAGGAAUCUCUAUUGGAGUAACGCAGAUCCUGGCUAUGAUCCUCACUAUUACUUUGCUGUGGGCUCUGUACUACGACAGAAGGGAUCCUGGGGCAGAUCAGAUCAUGGCCCUGAAGAGUGAUACCUCACAGCAGCUGUCAUGUCAUUCUGUGGAGCUACUAAAACCAAGCCUGACAAGGAUCUUUGAACAUACAUCCAUGGCAAACAGUUUUAAUACACACUUUGAAAUGGAAGAGCUAUAGGUGAUGUGAUGAGUCUGAGAAGUCACUAAGGAUUUUUACUGGGUUUUGUUGUUUUUGUUCUGUUCCGUCAAGUAUGCCAAGUAUACCAGUCUUCGUAUGCUUCAGAAAACAGUGAAUGAAUGGAUGUGAAGGAGGCCAGCAUAGAAAAAAUAAUAGCCCUGUCAGCCUCUUAGCCAUGGCCUCAAGCAUAAAACAGAGUUGGUUUUGUUUGGUUGAUUUUUUUUUUUUUUUUUAUUAAAGGCACUUGUUCACUGGGCACAGUAAUAAUUAAUUUAUUGUCACAAGCUAUGUGAUGUGUAAAAUACUGAUUCAUUCACAGGUAGGCAGACAACCUCUAAGGAAGCAUCACAGGAAAAGAAGAAAAAUACUCAUCUUCUGAAGAAACGACUCUGCUUUGGACAAAAAAAAUGUGACUUCAGUUGAAAUUGACUUUUACAUUUUUAAUAAGCCAUUUUGCAAAUGUCUUAAUCAGGGAUCUAUGUAUAUAUAAUUGUGUGGUUUAGUGUGCAUGGAAAGCAGAACUACAAUUCAAGUCAAUACUUGAAUUGCAAGUUGUGUAAAAAGAGCGAGAUUUUUCUUUUUUUCUAACAAAACCUUUAUCUUAGCUGUUAUUGUUAAAGAUGUUCUAAAACUAUUUUUAUCUAACAUAACUGUUUAAUUUUUAAUUUUAAAUAUAUUAAACAGGGAUUGAAAACAAAACUAUAACUCUGGACAAUAGACUUAAGUCUUUUUGAGUAAUUCUGGAGAAUUCUUGUUUGAAACAUUUUGUUCUAUGGACUGUUUCUUACUGAAAAGAAAAAAAACUUUAAACAUUCUUUCCAAAAUGGGAAUCAAUAUGGGAUUAGCACAUUUUUAUAGAUACAUCUUUUCUCCUGUGAUUCCCCCAAAGGUAGAAACAAAAGACUACAAGGAAAAUGCUUACAGUUCUGGAUGCUGUGGCAAUAAUUGUAAAAAUACAUAAGGAGGAAUUAUAUUUUAGUGACUUCUUCAUUAAGAGGUCUCUAGUGGCUUAAAAUGCCAACUGGAAACAGCGUUAAAAUGUAUUUAUUGAGGUGGGGAAAGUGCAUUUUACUGUAUUUUUAUGAACAAUGUUUAUUUCAUAGGAUUAUUUUUACAAUUGGCCACGCUCCUGAAAUAUAUAUUUGUUCCACUGAGUUACAGUAGUUUGUGGCAUUGUGGCAAAUGGGUUUUUACGUAAUAUUACAUUUUAAAAAAUUUCCUUUGUUUUGGAAUUUGUAAAAGAAAAG